AUGAUGAUAUAUGAUACGGUUAUAAACCCAGGACAGGGGAUUGGUAAUAGCAUUAAUCUUGGGAAAUCAUUAUACGAUGUGAUCAAUUGUCUUAAUAAGUUCAACUAUAAAUAUACGGUGGUUUAUGAUAAGAAUGCUUACUAUGAAGCACCACUUAUUGUCCAAGUUCACAGGAUGAACUUGCGAUUGAGUUUCAGUAACCGGAAAGAUCAGCGGCUAUAUCUUAUUGAAUUAUUGGACCUUGAUCAGGGGUCAAUGAAAAGUCCAUUGAGAUUAUCUUACAAGAAACAGCAUUUGAAUGAGUUUGAAAGCAUUUCGAGUACCACGAGUAGUGAUAGUAGUAUCGACCAGGAGUUUACUGUCAAUGCUGCUACGAGCUCCCUGUCAGUCAAUGAAAGGAAUACUUUUCAUUUGGCGUCUGUAGGUCCUACAUUUAGAAGUAUUUACAAUAAGAUCUUUGGACCAACCUACCCUGGAGUGUUGAAUUUACAUGCAAAGUCGUACAUUUUGUCAUAUCCAGGGAUAGCGUUUAAGUUCAAGAUUUUGAGCCAGGUUUUGUUACAAAAAUUAAAAGGCAAAGCAGAAGAUGUUGUUGUGGAUGAACUUCUCAACUGGGAAGGGUUAGAAGACAUUUGCUGUAGCUCUAUUGCAAUCUUUAGAGGUCAGUCAUGGGAAGCGUUUAGAGAGAAGCCGCAUAUAGAGGAGAGUUGUCAAGUUCAGGUAGAUAUUGAUCACGGAAAGAUUGUGAUAAAUGAAAAAGAUGUGAUUGAAAUAGGCAAGUCGACACAGCAAGAUGUGGUUAGUAUGUUAGGACCACCUGAUGAAUCAUUCAACAAGUCUGAUUUGCGCCUACUUAUACAUAACCAUUUCCUCAACCAGCAUUGUAGUGGUGGUGGUGGUGAUGGGCAAGAGAAGGAUCGUGAAGGAGGAGGAGGAGGAGCAGCAGCAGCAGCAGCAGCAGCAGCAGCAGCAGGAGAAGGAGUGGGAUCUUGCAACAAAUUUCACAAUUACUAUAGAUUGGGCAUUGAUCUAUUAUAUGACUUACAAAAGCCACAUACUCGAAUAAAUCAAAGCCAAUCUAAAACAGUAGUGACCAAAGUGGUUCUUCAUAAUGGUGGAAUUAGCGAAGAUUUGAAUUUUAUGAAGUGGAAUAGAUGUAACUGGGAAAUAAAGAGUAAGAAAUUUGGUACUAUUGAGUCAUCGUUAUAUUUCCAUCAAUUCCGCGCCUCGUGUUUCAAGGAGAUGGCGCCAGUUUUGUUAAAUAGGUUUGAAUCGGAAUUUGUUGAUUGUGAUUUGGACAUUAUUGAGAUACCCAGGGAAAACUCUUUGCUGGGAACAAAUACCGCCAAAUCUAAAGCCUGGGGUCAAUCCAAACUUUAUGGAUUAGAAAGGUGUAUAAUAGAAGUGCUCAAUACUAAUAAUUGUAUAACCACAGUAACUAUCUACUAG